CCGCCCCCGCCCGCGCCAGUGGAGCCGCUCGGCGGAUCAUGUGCAGCUCGCCGCCGCUGCCGCUGCUGCUGCCGCCGCCGCCGCCGCCGCUGCUGCUGCUGUUGCCGUUGCUGCCGUUGCCGCCGCUCGCAUGCGGCGCGCGCGGUUUCACCUUCAGGGCGGCGGGCGGCUCGGCGCGCCCUUCCACAAACGUUGCCGCCGCCGGCGAGCGGAGGAGGUGAUCUAUGCCAUCCGCUUACAGAACACACGGAAAUAAAUCGGCGCUUCGGACUCUCUUGAGCAGCUGAAAGGAGAAACAUUACCCUGAGAAUGAAGCAAUAAAACAUCUCUCUGCAGAACCGUAUGAUUGAAAACGCGGUCCAGCCCUCCUCUGCUGCCGGACAUGCUUUUGUCCUCCUGCCCCGCUCACCCGAUGUUGCAGUAAUGCAGAUGGAUCGUAGUAGAGAGGCAGAAAUGGAGUUACGGAGAUCCUCCAGCCCAGGCAAGCUAAGCAAGAAUGACGUGGAUGCUGACAAGACCAUGUGCCACAGCUGCUGCAUCUGCGGUAAAAGUUUCCCUUUUCAGAGCUCCUUGUCGCAGCACAUGAGGAAGCACACGGGCGAGAAGCCCUACAAGUGCCCUUACUGUGACCACAGAGCUUCCCAAAAGGGCAACCUGAAGAUCCACAUCCGUAGUCACAGAACAGGCACUUUAAGUCAGGGGCAUGAGGCGGAGAUGGGAGAGGCGCAGCUGGGGGAGAUGGGUGUUUCGGAGGGCCUCGGCGGGUGCACCAGCCCCACUAAAAGUACGUCCGCCUGCAACAGGAUCUUGAACGGUACGGCUCAGGUAGAUAGCAGCAAGAUCUUGUUGAGAAGCAGCAAGAAGGAGGUCAUGGAGGCGGCGCCAGCCGAGGAGGAUGGCAAGCUGACCUCUUACCAGUGCACCUUCUGCAAAAACAAAUUUGAAAGGAAGAAGGACUUGGAGCAGCACCUGCACCAGGUCCACAAACCGUUCAAGUGCAGGUUGUGUAGCUACAUGACCCUGAGGGAGGAGACGCUGUUAAACCACAUAGAGAAGGACCAUAUAACAGCUCAGGUCCCGAAUGGGGAGGCCUACACUGAGAACUGCAAGAGCGAGCUGAGCGCGGGCGAGUUUCCAUGUGAAGUCUGUGGCCAGGCCUUUAGUCAAACCUGGUUCCUGAAAGCUCACAUGAAAAAGCACAGGGGGUCAUUUGAUCACGGGUGCCACAUUUGUGGCAGGAGAUUCAAAGAGCCCUGGUUUCUCAAAAACCACAUGAAGUCGCACGGCCCCAAGACCGGGAGCAAAAACAAACCAAAAAAUGAUUUGGAGCUCAUAGCCACUAUAAAUGACGUGAUACAGGAGGAGACGAUUGUGACGGGCCUCUCUCUGUACGAAGUUUGCACCAAGUGUGGAAAUCUGUUUACAAAUAUGGAAAGCCUGAAAGCGCAUAACGCUGUUCACUACCGGGCGCAGCGGGGCAGCGCCGGGGAUAAAGCCGAGGGCUUAAUUGAUGGGAGCCUAAGCUCCUCGGUAACAAAGCAGUUUUUCUUGCAGUGUCUCAAUCUAAGGCCAUCUGUAGGGCCGGAUAGAGUUACAAGAGGACAGCCUGGGAAAAGAGUAGCCGAGCUGGAUCCGGUCAGUAGCUACCAAGCUUGGCAGCUGGCCACCAAAGGAAAAGUAGUAGAGCCCUCAGAGUAUGUGAAGUAUGUGGGAUGGGACGAGGCCCUGGCGGAUGCGGACGUGACUUACGACAAGGAUAAGAGAGAGUAUAUCCUUGUCAACCAGGAGAAGCGCAAGCGAGACCAGGACUCGCCCAGCUCUUCCAGCAACCCCAAGAAGAAGAGCUGCACCGGCGGGCGCCCGGAGAAAACCGGCGGUGCCCCGCCGGGGGAGAGCUGCCCGCUUGCCCAGGGGGACCUGGACUACCGCCCUGCCUCACGGCAGAGCCGGCGGGCCGCCCAGAACAAGUCCACCGAGUGCUUUGAGUGCGGGAAGAUCUUCCGCACCUACCACCAAAUGGUGCUGCACUCCCGGGUGCACCGCAAGGAGCGGAGGAGCUGCGGCGAGGGCGGGACGGCUGCCCAGCCCGACCGCUACGGCUCUAGCAGCGAGGAAGGGGACUCGGGGUCCGUCAGCGGGCCCAGCACCCCCGGCUCUGCGUCCGCCCAGGAGGACUCGGUCACCUCCGUCCUGGGGGAGGAGGGGGCCGAGGAGAGCUCGGAGGAGGGAGCAGCCAACCCCUCGCUAGAUGAAAAGCCAUACCACUGCAACUUUUCUGAAGAGGAAACCCCGAUGGUAACAUCUCAGUUGGAUGAACUCCCGAACCUGGGAAGCUGCAAUGCCAGAGAAAAUGAGGCCAGGGAAUCUAAACCAGAGAUUCCUACCCUGGUGUCAGCACUGGAGAGUGUCAUCAAGGAGCCCUUUUCGAAAUACCAAGAUCCAAAAGGUUCUGCAGACAUAAAGAUGCCAGCAUUUCACCACAGCCAAGGGCUUCCUUGCUCCAGUCGCAUUGCUAGCUUUGCUUCGGGUGUGGGCCAGAUAUCUUCAAACAUAGUCAUGGACUUGAAAACAUCACUUGAAGUGCAGGCUAGUCGCUCUAGAGAAAAUUUGCUAGACUUGCACAGGGAACAUCCUCUGACAGAAAAAGGUGCUGAAGCUCAAGAGGUAGCUCCACUCGAUUUGAGUGAAAAAUCAACAAGGGAUAAUUCAUGCAAUAAAAAUCUGAAUACAUCCUUGCAGGCUGCUUUAAUUGUCUACCCAUGUCCUUUCUGCAGUCACAAGACCUACUACCCUGAAGUCCUGUGGAUGCACAAAAGAAUUUUGCACAAAAUCAGCUGUAACUCGAUGGUCCCCCCUUGGGUGCAACAGAAUGGAUUCAAGAGUAUUAAAAACAACCUGGUCUUUCUGGCAAGGAGUGGGCGUACCGGCCCCCCUCCUGUUCUCGGCGGUAAGGAAUGCCAGCCUUUGCCCAUUGCCAGAUUUACACGCACUCAAGUGCCAAGUGCAUUGCCAGGAUCCAAAAGCAGCUCUCUUUCUGUUGGGAUGGCUGCAAAGUCCGGGAGUACGCAUCAGUCAAAGGACAGUCAUGCCUUCGGCCACUGUGGUCCACGCUUAUCAGGUCUGGAUGGGUACAGACAGCCCAAGUUAAACCAUUCCCAGGAGCAAUACGGCAUAGCAGCACAACAAAAAAGUAAAUACGAAGCAAAUUCCAAACUUAUGCAAAUGGGAGCCUACAGCAGAAGUGUAACGCCUACUCAAACGGUCAUAUCCAGGCCUAGCACACAGCCCACCAACAGUAAGCAAGUGGAAAAGUACGUGGUUCCCCAAGGAAGUACUAGUUUUGCCCCUCCAGGUAAGCACUGUGCAUCCGACUCCAUGAAGGCCAAAUUCAACCCACCGCCCCAGUAUCAUCCUCUGUGUAAAAGCGAGCAGUACACUAAACACGAAGAGCCAUCGGUGCCUCAGAGGGAUUCUCAUGUGAAGGCUGGGAAUGAGAUGAGGACAUUGGCAAACUGCACAGCGGGAGCACGAGCGAGUCCACUGCUGCAGCCCCAGCCUAGCGCCGCGGGAGUUUCUCCGGCUUUACACUCCAGCAAACAGGAUCUGGGAUCAGACGGGCAUGAGAAACGUUUGGACGUUUUAAAUAUCUUUAAAACAUACAUUCCAAAGGACCUUGCUUCGUUGUACCAAACCUGCGGUGCCAACAGCCCUGUCCUGGAUCACGCAGGGAUGCUCAGGACACAAACACGCCAAGGAGACUGCGUCUGCAGAGAAUGUGGAAAAUGCUUUACCCAACCCAGUCACCUCAGGACUCAUCAGAGGUCCCAUGCAGGGGAGAGACCACGGCGGCGCGGAGGUCGCCCACACGCUGCCUCUCCGGAAGGGAACCUAGAGCCCCGGCGGAGGAACCCCCGUGCCAGCGGCCCCCACCCCGACGGGCAGCGCCGGCAGCCCCCCGCGCAGCCGCCCCGCGCCCCGGCGGCUGCGGAUCAGCCUCCCCGCCAGCCAUCGCCUCGCCCGGAGCCGCUGCGCCAGAGUGAAACCGGCGCUCUGCGAGGAGGGGGGUGCCUCUGCGCUGUUAAUCAUUUUUAAAUAAAUGAAGAUGCUACACAAGAUAUAUAUAAAUUGACGUACUAAUCAGUCCCAUGGUUCCUUAUUUCCUUUAUAAUAAACAGUGGAGUUGGCAAGCACUGUGGCAGCACAAGGCAUCUGUAUUAAUCAAGAGAAGUUUGAGACACUGGAAAAAUUAAACUUUAUGUGAUUUGGACAGCAUGAAGAAGUUAAGCACUGUAACAAAAACCUCCCUGAUGCUCACAAUGACUAUUUGAUACAUUUGAAAAACAGCAGUGGAUUCCAGGGCUGGAGAAGUAUUAAUUAAUGAAACUGCCACUGCCUGUCAUGCUGAAAAGCAAAUUAAAAAAAAAAAAAAAACCACAAAAAAACAAAAAACAGAGAGAGGAAGAAUGGGGGGUGCGGGGAGAAGGUGGCAUUCGGUGCUGAGAAAGCAAUGCUUGAUGAAGGAUUAAAGGGACUAAAGAGAAAGACCGUCAUUCUGCAAUGGUUUGUUUCAUUACAGUUUGGGGACCACUUGCAUUUCUAGUGCUCUUGCUCUUGACUGCGCACCAUUAAUAGUAUGUGAAUAUGGAAAUUGAAACACUUCCAGAGAAAAGCUUCUAUUCUGCUUUGGGAAAGAAAAGCUAGUCGAACACUAAGAAAAAAAAAAAAACAGGCUUCUGUGUUUUACUCUCAGGACCUUUUUUUGUAACAGGGCUACUUUCUUCGACCUGAUCACAAAGGAAGUCUUCACGUUUAAAAAAAAAAAAAAUAAUAAAACACUCAGCUGUCUAACGCCGCUGAUCUGUAUGUUUAGAAGAGAAAAGGUGUCACUGAACAAGUUCAGGCAGCCCUGGGCCCGCCCGUAAGGUACUCUCUGCUCCUGCGUUUGGUUCAGCAGGCCAGCUACCGCUCCUCCUUGGGCCCGGUGACGUUUUGGAAAGACGAGGAACUUCUUUUGUGGUGGCAGGUUAAAAUGUUCAUAUAAAUGUGUCAUGUCUUGUACUUGGUGAUCACUGGUGGUGUUAGGAAAAAAAAAAAAAAGCAAAAAAAAAAAGCUUUAUAUACCUCUUCUACAGUAACUCUUUAACUGCAAGUUUUCAAGGUGGGGUUGUGGCACAUAACAGGUUGUUAAACCAUGCAGUGUAAGCAAUUAAAAAUGUAUUCCACAGAUAUAAAUAUUUUCUUUUCUUAUUGCUGUGACACUAUGUGUGAUGGUAAUAUUUCUGAGAGUUUCAGAUUUUGCACAUAUAAUUUUAUGCAUUAUCAAAAGUUACUGCUGCCUUGAAAGAAAAUGUUCUGUGAAAAUUUUUGCAAAAGCUUUACUAGUUUUUUUUUAAAUUGUAACAUUUUGUAAAGGCAGGAAAUGGAUUAAAAAAAAAAAAACCCUAGCAUGCUAAAUAUAUUUUUCAAAAAAGCAAUAAUUUUACAUGUACAGAAAUGAUGCUAACCUUUAAUACAGGUGAGAGCAACAGUUUACUUAAUACAAUAACGGAAUAGUGCUGGUUUUCUAGAAAUGGGCUUCUGACACAAAGAUUUGUUUAAAAAAAAAACAAAAACCAGAAAAAAACCUUAAAGCGUGAUCUUUCUGUUCUAACAGUUUUUGUGGGCGGGGGGUUUCUUUUUUUAAAAAAAUCUAGUCAGUAAUUGGUUCUGGAUACUACUUGUUACUUGUUUUAAAUUACUUGACAGUUUUUGUUACUUCGCAACACUUGCAACAAUGCAAAUUAACUUUCUUAUGUAUUUUUUUUAAACUAGUUUUUCCUUAUGCUAUUACACCAGAUGUAUACCAGAAUUCUCUGUAAGUCUCGGUGUAGUUAGGAAUGUCUGUGCAAAUACUUAUAAGUGACUGUAAUUAACUGUUCUGUGAAGUUAUUUUGAGGGAGGUCGCAUAGACACAUUCCAUUGUACACCAAAAAAAAAAAAAAAAAGAAAAAAAGGAGAAAAAAAAAGAAAAAAUGAAAUAUUUUGCUGUGUUGCUUAAUGAUUAUCAUUUUGGGUUUGCACUAGCUUUCUUGGUUUGUUUUGGAUUUUUUGUUUGUUUGUUUGUUUCACUUUUGUUUUGUUGCUUUUCUGAGUCAUAUUUUCCAUGAGUGAAAGUAAUGGUGACAGUUCAGGAAUGCACAAAAGCUAGUUGCUUAGCCUAUUUGUUUGUGUUUUAGUUAUUAAAAACUCUUCUGUACCCAAAAUGGCAUGAAAGUGUAGUGUACAUGUGUAAUUUCUCUUUUUUUCAAUUGUAUUUUUUUGGCAAGCUGAUCUAGAAAAUCUCAGUUAAUAUUUAGAGCCAAAAGCUUCUUUCUGGAGCUUUUCUUCCAGAAUCUCUGACAGAGAAGCUAGUGCUGUUACUGCCAUUACCAGGGUACUAAUCAGCAAAGUUUACAAUCAUAAUUUAGCUCCAUGAAGAACAACAGUAGGGGAAAUCAGUUUAAAUAAUUAUAUGCUGUGUAUAGCACAGAGAUGAGAUUUUCACUUAAUUAAACAAGAAAUAAGAGUGGGUGGGGGAAAGCCAACCUUAAAGACCAUCUGUUUUCAGAAGUGAAUCCCACGAUUUCUAUUUUCUUCUUCAUCGUUGUAUUGUAUUGAUUUGUUAUUUUAGUUAGGCCAUAGUAUUUAAAAUGAGUUGUGUUCCUUAUUUAUUUAGUCAAUGGGCUUUGAUCAGCUCUUUUAAGCAACGUGAUAACUUUUUUUGGCAUGACACGCUCCUGUAAAGCCCUUUUGUGACUGUUACAGGGACUUUCUACUACCUCUACCAAUCUACUGUUUCUUCUUCUUAACAGGUUUUUAUGGUGUUGCAAGUCUAAUGUAACUUAGACAAUAAAGGGUUUGAUUAUCUACGCUGCA